UAAUUUAGAUGAACUUAUCCUGGCCCACUAAUUUAUCAUAAAAGGCUAAUCCCCAUCAGUUGGUCUUCCAUUAUCGCCACCGCUUCUCACCUGCCAAACAAGCUCGGUCAGAACCCGGUGAAGCUCUCCUCUCUUUCCUAUUCCAACCCACGUCAACCCGUCAUUUUCGUCUUCUACCUCUGCUAUUUCCUCCUUCCAUCCCCUCUUCCCUUCCCAAACCCUAGCGGUAAGUCUCUCCUCCGGCUCUCGACGAUGGAUACUAUCACCAACGAGGCAAGCUUAGAUCCCUUCAAGAUCGGCCCUUCAUCCCUCAUCGGUCGCACCAUCGCCCUCCGCGUUCUAUUCUGCAAGUCAAUCUCUCAGCUCCGAAGCAGCUUGUCGCAUCUUCUACGCCGUGUCAUCGGCUUCCUACACCCGCGCAACACGCAAGGGAUCCUAGCUGCAAUGGUGCUGAUGGCUUUUCUUCUCCGGCGCAGUACCAACGUGCGAUCGCGGGCAGAAUCGGCAUACCGGCGUAAUUUCUGGAGGAAUAUGAUGCGUGCCGCGGUGACGUACGAAGAGUGGGCGCACGCCGCGCGGAUGCUUGACAGGGAGAAUGCGGCGAGAGGUUCGAGCAAGUGCGAUCUUUAUGACGAGGAGAUAGUACGGAAUAAACUCCAGGAGCUGCGGCAGAGGAGGGAGGAGGGGUCGUUGAGGGAUAUUGUGUUUUGCAUGAGGGCGGAUUUACUUAGAAAUUUGGGGAAUAUGUGUAAUCCCCAGCUCCACAUGGGUAGACUCCAGGUAUGUUUUUAUUCAUCUUUUCCAAAAUUAUGUUGUGUCGGUGAUUACCUUCAUUGUGGAUUUGUAAACACUUGGCAUUGCAUUGAGGGGAACUGGAGAUAGUUUAAUGCUUUUUUG